AUGUAUAACGGGAUUAAAAUACAUAUAAUAGCCUGCGUCAUCUUAGCUCUGCACUGUUCUCAAGAAACAGUGGGACGUCUGACAAAACGUAAUGGUUAUAGUACGUAUCAAACACACGCUGGCCAUUCACAUAGUAAUGGUGCGCUAUUUGAGCCUCAAGAGUCGCACUCAAUUGCAGAACAUGAAGCUGCCGGUGGGGGUGGUAGUGGUUCAGUGGACAACAAAUAUGACAAUAAUUACUAUGAAUACAAAUUAAGCUCCUCGAGUGGAGGAUCUGGUCAUCCCUCUAAUGCACCUUCUUAUCAUUUAGCUAGUGAACCACCCUCCAGUGGUCAUAAGUCGGGUUACAGCAUAGGCAGUGGUUUGCGUUCAAUAGCACAAGGUUCUGCCAAUCAAGCUUAUACUGCUGUAGCCUCGCAACAUGCUGCUGCCAAACAGGCGGCAUUUUUGGCCAAAAAUAGUUUAGCUCAGGCUGCUUCUCAAGCGGCGGCCACCGCCCAAGCAGCUUUAGAAGGUAAACAGGUGCUGUUAGAGGAAUUACAGCACCAAGCAGCAAAUGCCCAAAGAGCACUCUCACGAGAACUAGAGCAACUACAGGCCGCUAAAGUGGCUACCAAGUACGCUCAGCAGACAGCUCAGUCGGCUCAUAAUCAUAUUUCCGUGCUAACAGCCGCACUCAAUAAUGCUAAAGCUGUAGCCGAACAUGCUGAUCAAGCUGCUCAGGAAGUAUCCAAUCAACUUGCCUCUCAAUCAGCGAUGGUAGGUCAAGCCAAAACAAGAUUAGAGCAAGUGGAGGAACAACUGAAGCAGGCCAGCAUAGAUUACGAAGCAACAAAAGAGGCUACACUUAAGGCUUCUUCAGCUGCAGCAGAAGCUCAAGUGAAUGCCUCAAAAGCAGCGGCUCAUGCUACUUUCGAGCUGCACGAAAGUGCGCAAAGUAAUUCAGGUGAUGAUGAUUCCUAUGAAGAUGCCCAACCAUUUGAGCAUUCUCAACAUAGUGGUGGUCCGUCAGGACAUUCUUCUAUAGAUAGGCGUCCGAAGAAAUCGAAACGUUCGAAUAGAAAUGAACAACCAUAUUGA